CUGCGCCUCUCUGCUUUGCUGGGCGCGGCGGGAGCGGAGGGCGGCUGCGCUGCGCUGGGGCGCUGCUGUUCUGGCAGGAGCCUGGAGUGCGUGAGCGCCGGCUGGAGACCGGACGGAUCCUACGGACCCUGCUACUGCGACCAGGCUUGCCUUUCCACCUUGGACUGCUGCCGCGACUACCAGCAGUUCUGCCCAGAGGCCUCUUGUCUGGUCUCUGACUGGAGUGAAUGGAGUGGAUGUGCUGAACGCUGCAAGGCGACCUACCGCAUCCGAAGGAGACGCGUGAUCCAGGAGCCUAGGAAUGGUGGUGAAGCUUGCCCUCCUCUUGAAGAGAAGGCUGGCUGUAUGGAGUAUGGGACUCAGCAAGGAACGUUGUGCAAGUACUCCUUUAUCCCAGCAUUAAUAACUACUGGAGGCUAUGGGAAAGCAAGAAGAAAGCGUGCUGUGUCCAGAGGGAGGGAAAGAGUUGGGUAUUGUGUUGAGUUCCAGCUCAUAGACAUCACAGAAGGCUGCCUGCACGGGAACAGUUCCUACACUCACUGGAUGAAGUAUCUCAGUGAAGGACACACAGUGUGUGUGGAGUGCCAACAUCCAGCCUUGGAUCAGAAGAGUCUACACUGCUCUGGGGAUGGGAGCGGAGCCACGAAGUAAGAGCAGUGGUUGUCUUUUGCUUA